AUGGAAGACGUUCUGCCCUUUAAUCAGUCUCUUCAAUUUGUCCUUGCCGCCAAUGACUCCGAGGCAGUGGAGGAGUUGCCCCUGUUCGCAACUGUUAUCCGAUUUGUACGUAUUCCUGUCUGGUGCCUCAUCCUGUGUUUCGGACUCUUCGGUAACGUACUCACCGUUCUGGUGUUGCGGUCCCGGAAACUGCGACAAUCCAGCUCCUGCUUCUAUCUCACCAUGCUUGCCAUAACUGACAUUCUCUACCUCCUCACCAGUCUGCUGGCCUCCAUCGUGAACUACAUUUUUCUCUUCCCGCUGGAGCUCAGACAGAAGUCUGCCGUGCUCUGUGUCAUAACACCCUUCCUGCACUACACUCUGGCCUACAUAAGUGUCUGGCUAUUGGUUGCAGUCACCGUGGAGCGUGCCAUCUGGGUUGUGCUGCCCUUCAGUGCUCGCCGAAUCUGCACUGACUUGACUGCCAAGAUCACGGUGACCUGUUUCAUCCUCGGAUUCACCCUCACUGACUCGCAUUUCUUUUUCACCAUGAAGUACCAUGAGGUGGCACCCGGUUCAUUCGCCUGCAUACCGACCUACUUUGCCGAUCGUGUUUUCCCCUUCUACGAUCUCCUGUUUGCCGCCCUGCUGCCCUGUCUCAUCAUGCUGAUUGCUAACAUCAUGAUUGGUAUAAAACUGCGCAGCAUGCGUAAGUUCCGCAGUGGCAUAAAGGUCUUUAGUGAGAAUGGCGCGCCGGAGACCUCCCGGGUGCGAGUCACUUGCGUCAGUACUGCUGACGAGGACUGCAUCGAGAAGCCGCGGUCAGCGUCUAUCCCCGCAACGACUGAGCUCAGUCCCAGGCAAGCAAGUGUUGCCACCCCUGCCCCAUCCAAGUGCGCCAAAGAGAAGUCCACUUAUCUGACGAAAAUGCUU